AUGACAGAGAUAGAUAUUGCAACAAAGGCGCCGGAGAGCGAUGCGCAAGAAGACUCCUUGCUAAAUGAGCCGACAGAUGUCAGCGAGCAGAUGGGUGAACAUGAGCACUGCGUAAAGGACAGACCUACUCCCACCGGCCAGGGAUCCACUGGCGAAAUCAUCAAACUCAACGACAUCGAUGUGUACAUCUCGAAACCAGCCGACUAUCCUCAUACACCUUCCCGCCUUCUCCUCCUGCUCACUGGCGGAACCGGUAUCAAGUCCGUCAAUAACCAGAUUCAAGCCGACAUGUACGCCUCUGAAGGAUUUCUUGUCCUCAUGCCAGAUAUGUUUGCGGGCGAAACAGCUCCAGGAGGAAAAGGUAGUUCCUUCACAGACAACUCGACGUCUCUUCUCGAGCAAGUCAAGUUGAAGGCCGUGGAGAUUGCAAAGUCGUUUAUGAUCGAUAUGUGGCUGGCGCGAAUAACAGAGGCUAAAAUCAUGCCCAUAUUGCGCAAGGUGAUUGAAGCGGCACACGAAGAAUACCCCGAUCCUAUCAAGUAUGGUGAAGGGAUCUACGCUGUAGGGUACUGCGUUGGUGGUCGCUACGUUCUCCUUUUGGCCAAGGGAUCUCAUGAGGGUGGCAACGAUGAAGAAGCUGUCAUGGUGAAAGCUGGCCCGUAUAUCAAAGCCGGCGCUCUAGCUCAUGCCGCGUCGGUGACUCCAGACGAUUUCAAGGAUCUCCAAGCGCCGUUGAGUCUGGUGUGUGUUGAAGACGAUGCCUUAUUCCCGGAUGAGGUGCGAAAAGUGGGAGAAGAGAUCAUGACGCAGGACAAUUUGGAACAUGAAGUUCAAGUAUACCCCGGAGUACCACACGGAUUUGCUGUCACGGGUCAAUACCAGGAAUCAGCCAUCAUGGACGCUCAGGUCACGGCAUACGAGCAGAUGCUAGCAUGGGUGAAGGAACACUAA